UCUGUCGAUAACACUUCAUCGUAGCUUUGCCUACUGGUAGCUGGUGUUGAGUUGCUCUGACAUAUCCUGGUGAACCUGCUGAUCACAGCCAGCUGCUCUGUGCCCGGUGACAGGCUUUGUCCUUCCCUUGAAGCCUCACCGGGCUGAUGGGAGACGUAGCUGCCCUCAUCUGGCCACCGCAGCCCCAAGCUGUGCAUGGGAAGCAUCACACUAGAGAGCUGCCAUGAGCUGAGUUCCCUGCAAGCCUGACUUUGACUGUUUAUGGUUAAUACUGGGAAUGAUUGCCUUGACAUAGACAAUAGGAGUGAUUGGACAACACUUGAGGAUGAUGUGAAGUGUUUUCUGUACAGUGGUGAAACUAUCACAAUCUCAGGAGCUGGAUGAAAACUGAAGUACUAACAAGGACUAUGACAUGAAAAUGAUGGUGUUGCGGAUCAAUGAGCUGGGUGUACUAAUAAGUCAGUAACUAUUUAUGAGCAUCCACCAAGAAGCAGCCACAACAAAGGCAGAAGCAGUCCCUGGAAAGUCAGGAGCAGUAUUUAAGCUAAGCUCUACACUGACUGCACACUGGCAAGGAAUUAAUCUCACAAGCUGGUUUAUAAGGCACAGACAGACAAUGUGGAAAUAUUCCUGAGGCUGCUCUAAGGCAACCUGGAAAGCGGGAAGGGGCAAUGUGUUUGCCCAAGACAGCAAUUCAAGGUACUAACAGCGGGACCUUUGAGUUUGUUGACCAAUUAUCUGAGCUCUUCUUGUAAACGGGCUGCAAUGGGCAGCCAAGGAGGACUGCAACUGCAGAGGGUUCACAAAGUCAACAGGUCACAGGGUCACAUUGCCACAUUUUCUCAGAACUUCUGGCUGAUAAGAAUUAUGGAAGACGAGAAUUAUCAUGAUUCAGAAUGAAACCCAGUUACGAUAAUCACAAAACUGUCUGCAAACCACUGUCCUCACAUCUCCAACAGCUCUGUGAAUGGGACUGGGGGUCUGCUGGAGCUGCUCUGUCCUGGGGCUCAGCAGUGUGGCAGUCUAGAAGACAGAGAGAAGACCUCAGGACCCUCCAGAGACAUCAGGCACUGGAAGGUAAAUCAAGGGGGAAACCCAAAGCCAUUCCAUCGCCAGAGGAAUCACAGCAGGGCCGCAUGGCAGACGAGCGUUUCAUCUCACUGCAGGGCUACUGCAGGCUCCUCAGACAAUAGGGGGUGGUAUGAGCCAUGCCAGCGGUGACAGAAGAAGCUCAACCCCAGGGAAAUGCGUUGAGGAGGGGCGGGGGUGCUUCCUCCACCAGCAUUGUAGGUGCCACAGCCACUAGCAAAUGGUCAUCGAGGAACACCUUGCUGGUCAUGGGGCAGGAGCAGCGCUAGGAGGGCUUAUCGUGCCUGUGCGUCGCACCGCAGCUGGUCUGGAAGAAUAUCCACUCUCUUCAAGGACAGUGAGUGAGCAGGAACUGUGCCUCUUAGUACCCUCAAAAUGAACCUCAGCAGCUGCAGUAUCACAGCCUAUGAAAGCUUUCCACUUGUCCAGCUGUGUAUUUACGUCCCAGUUUUGCUUUUGGGCAUUUUGCUGAACGUGUUGGCGCUGUGGGUGUUCUGCUGCAAACUCAACAAAUGGACAGAAACCAGAGUAUACAUGGUCAACUUGGCUGGGGCUGACUUCUUGCUGCUCUUUACUUUGCCUUUUAAAAUGUUAUCCCAGUUCCAUCAUCUGAAGGCAGAUAGGUGGUGCCUAGUUCUGGAAGGUGGCUAUUUCAUAAACCGCUUAAUGAGCAUCAGUAUCAUCACCGUUGUAGCAGCUGAUAGGUACCUUGCAAUCAAGUACCCUUUGAAAGCCAAGGUGCUGAGGUCGCCACCGAAGGCAGCUUUUGCCUCUGGAUUUCUUUGGAUAGUCAUUAUCUGUGUGAUGUCCCUCAUUAAAAAGUUAGAGGACCGAGGACAAGAUGAACUUUGCUUUGAAAAAUCUUCUGUUAAGCCCUCAGUGAUCACACUGUGUGCUAUUAUUGUAGGGUUUUUCAUACCACUGAUCAUCUUGAGUUACUGCUCCAUACAAGUCAUUGCAGAACUCAUGAGAAAGAAGAAUGAAAACUGUCACAAGGAAAAGGCAAUCAGGAAGGCCGUCUACAUCGUAUCUGCAAACCUGACAGUGUUCAUCGUAUGCUUUUUGCCUCUUUACCUCGGGCAUCUCCUUCGCUUUAUCAUGGACUCCAUCAGCUCCAACUGCUCUGCAAUACAGAGGGUUAACAAUUUUGUUCACCUCGCCUCGGUCCUUGCAAACACAAACUGCUGUCUGGAUGCUAUUUGUUACUACUUUGUCAACAAGGAAUUUAAGGAAGCGUCUCCCAAGCUAGCGAAGUCCAAAUGUGAAGCCAGUGAAGAAACUGAAAUUCAGCUUCCAUGCGUAACACCUUAGUGCAAAACACAUGCAGCUCACAUUUUAUACUUGCUACGUUCAAGUUCAACUGGGACUCAAUAGCAGGCUUUCACACUUUGGUUUUGUGCGAGAGGGACGGAGGGACUUUCUGCUAAUGGGAAGGAUUCAGACACAUGAAAAUUAGCCCUGAUUCAGACAACCACAGCAGUCCAGAACCUGAUGCAAUGAUCUUGGUUGCCACUAAUAAUUCUCUUAUGCAAAUUUGAGUAAAAUUUGAGUAAAAUGAUAGCUUUCCCCUGAAAAAAAAAAGUCUUCCAUUUUCCCAGAAAACUCAAAACAAGUACAGCUAGUGGUAAAGGGGAUUUUUGUCCCUCAUCCCCACCUUGGAUCAGUUUUUAUGCAGCUGUAGGUGUGACAAAGAAACAGGUUAUUGCGAAUAUUAAAAAAGAAAAAAACGUCUAAGUGAAACCACUGCAGAAAAAGAAAGGAGGAUGUUUUUAUAAGUCACAAAUGUCUUGUUUUUCAAUUGGCAAUAAUGCAGUCACAGUAGCAGAGGCAGAUUUAGCCUGCUUUAGACAAGUUUACAGCACCGUUCAUACUACGUAACAGCUACAAAAUGGUCAUGAAUUGCAAUACAAGGUCAGAAGAAAUUGCAAUUGCUUCUACUGGGGAAAAACUUUACAUCCAAAGUGUUUGAGUGAACUAGCAUUAAAGCUACUAUCCAAAGAGUUGGGGUGGGGCAGUGGGAAGAAGGACUCUGUAUUAGGGUCUAUUCAACCUUAUCACAUAAAGGACUGCCUAAAGAAAGUGGCAGCGAGUUGUUCCAAAGUA